CUCUGAAAUAGACGGCAAAAGUCGCUGUUAGCAGAACAUUCAAGAAUACGAGUUGUUUCAUCGUCAAUAUCGCUACCGCCAACGAGUCCCGAUUAUGGCUAUUUGCAUUACGUUCGGAACGCAUGAGUUCACCUCUAUGCUUGAGGGAUAUGAGAAUGUCAAGGCGUAUUGCUACAACUGUCAACAUUGGAAUGGUCACUGUUUGACUCGAUGGCCCUUUUUCACCAUUUGCUUCAUUCCCGUGAUCCCUCUAGCAAUACAUAAGUACAAGGAAGUCACAUGCUACACAUGUCGAUUUACCCAGGACCUACGUGACCGGCCUGAUAUCACUCCUGAGACAAGGCCUCCAGCGAAUUUACCACCAGGCCCGUAUCCGCCUCCGCAGGCUUACUAUCCUCCGCCGCAAGCAACUGGCGCAGCACCGGCGCCGCAGGAGCAGCCUAAUUACGGAUACAAGUGAGGGAAUGAGCGUGAAGUGAUGGUCUAGUUAUGUUUUAUUUACAUUUCAUCAUAUGUUCUGUUUAAUCUUCAGUUAUGGGUUUCUCGGAGUUCUAGUUUGGGAUACUAGUUUGGGAUACCAGUCAAUUUUAUGUCGUUAAGGUAUUCAAAGCAAUCGAAUUCAUCUUGUACUUCUCCAAAUGAUCUAUUAUUAUCUCGGU